UCCCUGCCGAGGAUCGCAGAGGAAGAAAACGGCUCAGACAGAAGCGGAUUAGCGGACUCAGCAGACUGUGGAUGUCUGUAGGUUCUGAGGAGAACAGCGACCCGAGCAAACCAUGAAGAACGAAGGCAUAGAGGGGACGGAGCGGUUCCUGAGCCCGGACCGAGGCCGAGGCCUCCGGGCGGUGAGGCACUUCGCGGUGGGGGAGCUGGUGUUCGCCUGUCCUGCCUACUCCUACGUGCUGACGGUGAAUGAGAGGGGGGCUCACUGCGAGCACUGCUUCACCAGGAGAGAAGAUCUGUUUAAAUGCGGUAAAUGUAAGCAGGCCUACUACUGCAAUGUUGACUGUCAGAGAGGCGACUGGCCCAUGCAUAAGCUGGAGUGUGUCGCCAUGUGUGCAUAUGGGGAGAACUGGUGUCCAUCAGAGACGGUCAGACUGGUGGCCAGAAUCAUCAUGAAACAGAGAGUAACGACGGAUCGGACCCCCUCAGAACGGCUGCUGCUGCUCAAAGAGUUCGAAGCACAUCUGGAUAAAAUGGACAGUGAGAAGGAGGAGUUAAACCAGGCUGACAUUGCGGCUCUGCACCAUUUCUACUCCAAACACAUCAGUGACCUCCCUGACGACCAGGCUCUCACUGAGCUCUUUGCACAGGUCAACUGUAAUGGUUUCACCAUAGAGGACGAAGAGCUCUCCCAUCUAGGAUCAGCUGUUUUUCCUGAUGUAGCACUGAUGAACCACAGCUGUAGUCCAAAUGUUAUUGUGACCUAUAAAGGCACAGUGGCGGAGGUCAGAGCCGUUCAAGAGAUAAACCCAGGGGAAGAGAUCUUUGACAGUUACAUAGACCUGCUAUAUCCAACAGAGGACCGGAGAGAGAGGCUAUUAGAGUCCUACUUCUUCAUGUGUCAGUGCACCGAGUGCACCACCAGGUCUAAGGAUAAAGCAAAAACAGAAGUCAGGAAGCUGAGCUCUCCACCAGAACCAAAGGAAAUCCAGUCUAUGGUCCAUUAUGCCAAAAAUGUAAUUGAAGAGUUCAGAAGAGCCAAGCACUACAAAAAUCCCAGCGAGCUGCUGGAGAUGUGUGAGCUCAGCCUGGAGAAGAUGGGAGCUAUUUUUGCAGACACCAAUGUCUACAUGCUGCACAUGAUGUAUCAGGCCAUGGGCGUGUGUCUCUACAUGCAGGACUGGGACGGCGCCAUGAGCUACGGGGAGAAAAUCGUUCAGCCGUACAGUGUUCACUACCCGACCUACUCUCUGAAUGUGGCGUCCAUGUACCUGAAGCUGGGCCGUCUCUACUUGGGGCUUGAAAAGAAAUCCCAAGGUGUCAAAGCUUUGAAAAAGGCGUUGGCCAUCAUGGAGGUGGCUCAUGGGAAAGACCACCAUUAUGUAGCAGAGGUCAAACGGGAAAUCCUGGAUCAGAAAUAAACGAGGAGAACGAAAAUCAAACUUGGGACCUCCUUAAAAAGCAACAAAACACAGUUCUUCAAAGCAUGGCAUGCAUCUUUUACCUCUGUUUUUACACCUUUUUUAUUUUCCUGCCUCACUUUAUGCACAUGCCUUCUGACUGGAUUAUAUUUCUUAUCUGUCCCUGACUUCUUCAAAUACUGGACUUUAACUAGAUUUGCUUUUUUGAAUUAAUUUAAAAACACCUGUAGUAUUUUGUUUUUCAUCCUCAAACUAAACUCAUAGUCCUGCCUUUUAAAGCUGCCUUCUGAAGAAAGUCAAGCUUUCGUCUGGUAGCUUCCACCUUCGUCCUGCUUUUCCACCCAGUGUCUUGUGGGUUCGUCUCCAGACUGUUUGUGUUUUUGCAGCAUUGCGAGCUGCAUGUGUCCUUCCAGAUUAGUUACUGAGUCACAGCCUGUCUGUUUACCACCAGAGCACAGUUUAUGGUCGCACAUGCUCUCAGUGAAACUGUGAUUUAACACUAAGACUGACCAUGCAUCAAACACUCUGUAGCAACAGAGAGGUCUCUCAGCGCGUUUUGGUUUGUUGAAAGGAAGUGUUGCAUGCUUGACUUAUUAUGCAUUUGUUUAUAUUUCUCUUUGUCUUUUGUCAAAUGAAGUGAUCAGUUCAUGUCUUGGCUGUUCUCUUUUCAAAAAAGAAGAGAAUAAGAAAAAUAUCACAUCAAAGCUGAAAACAACACUGUAUAUUUUUUUUGUCAUUCUGUGUUUUAGCCGAUUAGUCGGACAAUCUGCUCGAGUAGCAAGCCUGCAGUCGGCUGCAUUACAGACGUCCAGUUUGCAGCGAAGUAGCAUAAGGGUGAUGUUGAUGCUGCUUUAGUUUCUACAUAAUCAGUGUUUGUGCUUUUCACAACUGGAAAUAUUUCCAAAUAGAUUUUUUUCUUUAUUACAAAUAAAUGAGCAGAGUGUAGGUUUUAUUCAGCCAGCUGACCGGCAGUUGACUGAUUGUGUGACCUUGGCAGAUCAGGAUACCAGUAACCGACCCAAAGCGAAACACUCGGGGCCUGGGAAUGAACGGCGGACUGAGAUUUGACCAAAUGUUCUGAGAGGUUCUGCCAAGGAUCCGGCCAAAACCGGAGCCUCUAGUUCUGCCAUAAAAGCAGAAACUCUGUAUUUUGUCUUUUAUUAUGUUUUGUUUUUUGCAGUUUUCUAGAAAAGCAUAUUCUCAUCAGUCUGGGUUUGACGUUAACAUGCACUAACAAGGUUACAUAUCUACAUUCUAUAAGAAAUAUUUCUUUAUGUAAUUUUGAAAAAUGUCCCUGCUUCACAUUUCUCAGUGCUUACUGUCAUGUUUGAGUUAUAAACUUGAUGCUUUUUGCUUAAUUUGCACCACAGCGCAUCGGAAAAAUCCAAACAGUUCAACCUGUGAAAAACUGUUACAGCAGAAAUUAUUAAAUACUAGCAAGACAAGUCUAUUUUAUAACUUUCAGGCAGAUACAAACCCUCACUCUAAAGUGUGAGGCAGGUGCCGAUUGUAAAAUUAUAGCUUUUUUGUAGACUUACUGCAAAAAAAUAUAAAAAUGUACCUAGUAUUUUUUGGCCUAGUAUGUAGUGUAAAUAUCUCAGUACUCUUGAAAUGGGACAAAACUAACUUAUAAGUAGCUUUUCAGCAAGAUAUAGUAGUUU